UGGCAAAGGGAUAUACUCAGGUUUACGGCCUCGACUAUAGUGACACUUUCUCUCCUGUGGCCAAGCUUCCUACUGUUCGUCUCUUUCUUGCUAUGGCAGCUAUUCGUCAUUGGCCUCUCCACCAAUUAGACAUUAAAAAUGCCUUCCUUCAUGGUGAGUUGGAGGAGGAAAUUUACAUGGAGCAACCUCCUGGAUUUGUUGCUCAGGGGGAGUCUGGUUUAGUUUGUAAAUUGCGAAGAUCUCUUUAUGGCCUCAAACAAUCUCCUCGAGCUUGGUUUGGAAAAUUUAGUCAUGUUGUACAAGACUUUGGGCUUAAAAGAAGUGAAGCAGACCACUCAGUUUUCUACUGUCAUACUUCACCUGGGAGAUGUGUUUAUUUGAUUGUUUAUGUCGAUGACAUAGUGAUUACAGGAAACGAUGUAUCUACAAUCUCUCAAUUGAAGAAACAUUUGUUUAACCAUUUUCAGACCAAAGAUUUGGGACCUCUAAAAUAUUUUCUUGGUAUCGAGGUUGCCCAAUCAAAGGAAGGCAUUGUGAUCUCUCAAAGGAAGUAUGCUUUGGACAUUUUAGAGGAAACAGGCAUGACUGAUUGCAGACCCAUUGAUAGUCCUAUGGAUCCUAACCAAAAACUAAUGACUAAUCAAGGUGAACCGUUUGCAGAUCCAGAAAGGUAUAGGAGAUUGGUUGGAAAACUCAUUUACCUUACAAUUACAAGACCUGAUCUCUCUUUUGCAGUGGGGAUUGUUAGUCAGUUUAUGCAGGCUCCUCAUAUCGAUCAUUGGAAUGCUGUUUUGCGUAUUCUUAGAUAUAUCAAAAAGGCUCCAGGACAAGGAUUACUGUAUGAGGAUAAAGGAGACAGUAGGAUUUCUGGAUACUGUGAUGCUGAUUGGGCAGGAUGUCCCAUAGACCGACGUUCCACUACUGGUUACUGUGUAUUCCUAGGUGGAAAUCUCAUAUCUUGGAAGAGUAAAAAGCAAAAUGUUGUUGCCCGAUCUAGUGCUGAGGCUGAAUAUCGUGCUAUGGCCUUAAUUACUUGUGAGCUUAUGUGGAUUAAGCAACUUCUUCAAGAGUUAAAUUUUUGUGAAGGCCAUCCAAUGAAAUUGUAUUGUGAUAAUCAGGCUGCGCUCCACAUUGCUUCCAAUCCAGUAUUUCAUGAGAGAACCAAACAUAUAGAAGUUGACUGUCAUUUUGUUAGAGAAAAGUUGCUGUCUAAGGAAAUUGUCACUGAAUUUGUCACAUCCAAUGAACAACUUGCAGAUGUUAUGACUAAGUCAUUGAGGGGGCCUCGCAUUCAGUUUUUAUGUUCCAAGCUUGGUGCAUACAAUCUAUAUGCUCCAGCUUGAG